UUCUCACUACAGUCAACACAAUCUUAUUAUAUAGAGAAAGAAAGAGAGCUUAGAGAUUGACCUAGGAUAAGGGGGCAGCUUACGCCGACAACAACUGUAGAAAUUAUCAUUUAUUUUUGCAUACAUCUAUCCACAAUCUGGAGAGAAAUAUAGAUUAUAAAGAGAAAGAAGGUGAGGAAAGGAAAGUGAACAUAUCGUAAAGGACUGAUGAUGAGAAACGUAGGGAGUUCGAGCUCCAGCAGCAAAGGCAUAGCGGCGGUGGUCGGCGUCGGUCCACAGCUUGGCCGUUCCGUCGCUCGUAAGUUCGCACACGAAGGCUACACCGUGGCAAUUCUCGCCCGCGAUCUAGGUAGGUUAUCUCGAGUGGCAGAAGAGAUAGCGAGAGAAGAGAAAGCGCAAGUGUUUGCUAUAAGAAUUGAUUGUGCGGAUCCAAGAAGCGUAAGAGAAGCCUUCGAAGGAGUGUUAUCGUUAGGGUUUGUGGAGGUGUUGGUGUAUAAUGCUUAUCAAUCCUCCUCUUCUUACACAAGUCACCAUCCGACUUCCUUCACCCACAUUCCAUUCCAAUCUUUCCAAACUUCUCUUUCUGUAUCUGUCUUCGCUGUAUUCCUGUGCGCCCAACAGGUUAUUCCCGGGAUGAUGGAGAAAGGGAAAGGAACAAUACUCUUUACCGGUUGCUCAGCGUCAUUGAAUGGCGUUGCUGGUUUCUCGGAGCUAUGCUGUGGGAAAUUUGCUUUGAGAGCUCUCUCUCAGUGUUUGGCAAAAGAAUAUCAAGCUUUUGGAAUACAUGUGGCUCAUGUUAUCAUCGACGGUGUGGUUGGACCUCCAAGAGAAGCAAACAUCCCACCAAGAGGAAUGGUUAUAGAGCAAUCAUUCAACACUGGAGGCGAAGAUGGAGAAGGAGAAGGCGAAAGCUCGGGAGUGAUGGGAAUGGAUCCUGAUGUAUUGGCUCAAACAUAUUGGAGUCUUCAUGUUCAAGACCGGAGAGCUUGGACUCAAGAACUCGAUAUCCGACCAUCAAACACAAGGUUCUAGUCGUUAAAAAAAUAUGAUUUGAUUAUUGGGAUUUGUGAUUUUAUUCAAUGUUUGUUUAUUCUUAUGGGUACGUACGUAUGCGUGUUCAUUUGAUAUGUAUGUGUAUAUCUAUCUUCCAUUUGGAAUGUGCAAUAAGUACAUUAAAGGGCUUGUUUAUGAUUGGUGUGAAUGAUUUGUCAGUCUCA